GAGGCUCAGAGAGGCAGCGGAUCCGCGCACGGAGCGAGCAGAGGCAGCCGGCCCCUCCGAGGAGUUAUGGAUGUAGGUGCAUUCACUUCUGGCCAGAUCCGCGCCCCGAGGGAGCUAACCAGCAGCCGCCACCUCCAGCUGUCUCCUAGCCUCGCACCGGGUCUCACCCUUCCAGUAUGUUCCUUCUGAUGAGACAAUUUCCAGUGCCUAGAGCUUCAGUACAAUGUGGAAAUGGAUACUGACACAUUGUGCCUCAGCCUUUCCCCACCUGCCCGGACGCCGCUGUUGCUGCUGCUUCUUAUUGCUGCUCUUGGUGUCUUCCGUCCCUGUCACCUGCCAAGCCCUUGGUCAAGACAUGGUGUCACCAGAGGCCACCAACUCUUCUUCUUCCUCUUCCUCCUCUUCCUCCUCCUUCUCCUCUCCUUCCAGUGCCGGGAGGCAUGUGCGGAGCUACAAUCACCUCCAAGGAGAUGUGCGCUGGAGAAAGCUCUUUUCCUUCACCAAGUACUUUCUCAAGAUUGAGAAGAACGGGAAGGUCAGCGGUACCAAGAAAGAGAACUGCCCGUACAGCAUCUUGGAGAUAACAUCCGUGGAAAUUGGAGUGGUUGCUGUUAAAGCCAUUAACAGCAACUAUUACUUAGCCAUGAACAAGAAGGGGAAGCUCUAUGGUUCAAAAGAAUUUAACAACGACUGCAAGCUUAAGGAGAGGAUAGAGGAAAAUGGCUACAACACCUAUGCAUCCUUUAACUGGCAACACAAUGGAAGACAAAUGUAUGUCGCACUGAACGGAAAAGGAGCUCCAAGGAGAGGACAGAAAACACGAAGGAAAAACACCUCAGCUCACUUUCUUCCCAUGGUGGUGCACUCAUAGAGGAAGGCAAUGUUUGUGGAUGUGGUAGAACCAAAGGCUGUUUUGCCAAGGAUAGUUGGUACUCUUCAUGAAGACAGUAGCUCAAAAGGCAAAGACACAUGGCAGAUGUUUGCUCACAUAAACCAAAAGAAGCCUUUCAAGCUUUUUGUACUCACUGCUGACAUAUGAUGUUCUUUAAAUUAGUCCUUUGUCAUGCCUUAUAAUCAAGAAGUAGGCAGAUCAAAUGGGAUAAAAGUUACUCCCAAGCGAACAAUAUUGUGGCUGGGGUUU